AUGGAAUCUGGAUCCGGAAAAAAGAAAAAGAAAGAAGAUUUUGAUUCAACUCAAGAAGCUCAAACUGAAACAUCUGUUCCAUCACAACUUCCAUCAAAAGAUACACUUGUUGAAUAUUCCAAUACUUGUAGAGACACAUCUGAAGAGAAUCAAAAUAGUAUUACUUCUGAUGAAGAUACACUUGAUCCAUUAAAGCUUUUUUCUCAUUUAGUCUUGUUGAAUCAAUUCAAAAAACUUGAAUUAGAAGAUGAAGAGAUUGAUACUAGAUAUUUGCUUCGUGCAAUCAAUCGUUACAUUUUAUGGUUGAGGAUGUUGAAUGAACAAGAGGAACUCAAGAAAGAAAAUUUGCCAAUUCCACCAAUUGAUGUUUUAUGGGAAAACUAUACAAAAAUGCCAUGGAUUCUUGAUCCUAAUGAUGAUUCUGAUUUUAUUCUUGUGUGUCCUUGGUGUAAUGAUUCAAAUUUUGUCAAAUGGGACAAAUAUAUUGAUUUAAUAAAAAAACCAAAUGAUGAAUCUUCAUCAAUUGUGUGUGAUAAAUGUAAAGUUGCUUUAACUCCAGACAAUUUAUCAGCUAAAAGAUUUCUGGAUGACAUCAAUGAUUCUGCAAGUCAUGACAUUGAUUUGCUUUUUUCAUCAGCUGUUAUGCAUAAAGUUCCUAAAUUAAAAGAACUUUUGGAAUCAUCAAAAGACAAUUCUUUAAAUUGUAAUUGGGAAAAUAUUGGCAAAUAUUUAUCAGAAACAGUCACCUAUCUAAAGCAAGUGAGGCAACUCAGAUUAUUAAAAAAUACCAUAGUUAAAAAAGUCAUUGUAUCUUACAAAGAUAAUAUCUUUCCAUUUGCCUUCAGCUUGUUGGAUGCAGUCAACAGACAAAGAAAGUUCACUCAGAAAAUGGUGGUUGAUAACCACUCUUGGAUUUGUAAUUAUCAAAUACAAAAUAAUGCUAUUAGAAGAUAUGAAUGUUUCAUGAAAUUAAUUGGUAAGAAUCCAUAUAAAUGUAUUGUACCAACAUUAGAUAUUGAUUUAGCAUGGCAUACACACAUGCUGAAUCCAAAAUUUUAUAAAAAAUAUACAAUGGAAAAAACCAAAAGAUUUAUUAAUCAUGAUGAUAGUAUAGAAGAUCAAGUCAUUGAUAAAUCGUUUAAGAAGACCUGCAAGCUAUGGUACAAGGAAUUUAAUGAACUUUAUACCAAUACAAUUGAACCUUCUGAUUAUUUAUUCAGUAAGACACAAAAAGUUUUUGGAACUUUAGCAUUUCCUUUUGGUUUUUAUAUGCUUUCUGAAACUGUAAAGGCUAAUGAAGCCUAUAAAAAAUCAAAAGUUGGUGGAUGUGCAAUUAGCAAUAAUACUGGAACAAGAAAAGUGAAACAAUCUGGAAGUCUCUCCAAGAGUCAUGGCAGCAGUAAUUUUAAUCCAACUCAAGAAGCUCAAACUGAAACAUCAGUUCCACCACCACUUCCAUCAAAAGAUAUACUUGUUGAAUAUUCCAAUACUUGUAAAGAUGCAUCUUCGGAAUAUCAAAACUCUAUUACUUCUGAUGAAGAUACACUUGAUCCAUUAAAACUUUUUUCUCAUUUAGUCUU